AUGUCCGCCCAACUCGUCGUCCCAAUCCACAACUUUUUGAUGGAAAAGGGAACGUUUUCCGAAUGGAGUUGUAUUGCUUAUGGAGCAGCUGACAUGACGCUGUCAUUGGUCGAAGUUCUUCUGGCGUGUAUGAUUGCUUUCGACCGAUACAUCGUGACGAUAACACCGAAAUGGGGGAAAUGGAGGUGCCAUUCCAACUACUUCAAACUCAUUAUCUUCGGAGCAAUUGCAGUUGGAUUAUGGAGUUUUGUACCGACAGCUGGAUAUGGAAAAUACAGUACAUUCCAUCAUAACAUGUUCUGUUCGAUCGAUUGGCGACAAGGAAAUAUUGAACCGGAUUCUGAGAAAUCAAGGCUCUCCGCUCAUCGAUACAUCGCAUUUUUGACUGCCACGUGUCUCGUAUUCUUUUUGAUUCCAGUCUGCAUCGCUUCUUCUCUCUAUUACAGUAUCAUUGAUCAUGUUGACAGUCAAAAUUCUUCUGAAGUCGUGCAAUUGGAAAACGGAGUUCCAAAACCAGAAGUUUGCACGUGGGCACCAAAGAACCACGUGGCAAAAGUAGGUCUCGGAUGUCUUCUCGUGUCAGUUCUGCCAUUCUUCGCCUAUUCAGUCGUCUGCCUGAAUCCAAUGAAAUCAGAUUUCCAUCAGAUCCAUUAUAUCGUCAUCCCAGUUAUCAUCAGUCGUAUAAGCACUCUUCUCAAUCCAAUAUUCUACGUGUGGCUCAAUCCGGAGAUAAUUCCAAUCAACGAGUUCAUUGCAAAACGGGCCAAACCUCGUCCACAAAGACCGUUGUAUCAUACUAUCAAUUUGAUUGCCGAUGUCCCUGGAAUGUCUUUCCCAAUUCUCACGCCUACAAUUCCACGUCGUCAACUUCCAAAGAUUCCACCACAUCUGGCAUCACCUUCCAAACCAAGUCUCAAUGACUUUCUGGAUGAUGAUUCUGAUUCUGAACCAAAGGAACACACCCCAAUGCUCUAA